AUGGAGGCCAUGUUUUUCCUGGCGCAAGUCUUCCAUGUUAGUAUCCAUCUAUACACAUCCUGUCCUCCCGCAGAUGGCAAUAAGGAGAUUCAAGGAGGCUAUGCAUCAAACGAUGGCCAGAUCACUGGAUUCUCUCACAUGCAUGACAGUGGAACAGGUGGUGGUGCAUCUUUGGGAAAUUUCCCUCUAUUUCCCCAGACAGGUUGUAUCGAUGACGAUAUCAAUCGUUGCUACUUCCCUUCGACCCUGCGAGCGUCGGACAAGAUAAACAGCUCUGUCGUGGCAAAGCCGGGCUAUUUUGCCAUACAGCUCAACACUUCAGUCAAGGCUGAAAUGACUGUCACCAACCACACUGCGUUAUACCGAUUCUCGUUCCCAACUGAUGGAUCCCCAACCAAGCUUCCUGCCGAUGGGAAGACUCCUUAUAGCCCUUUGAUCUUGGCCGAUUUGGCAGAUCUCUCUGGUUCUCGAACCGAUGCAAUCAUCUCAGUUGAUGCCCAUACUGGUCGCAUCUCGGGUAAUGGUACCUUUAGGCCCUCAUUCGGCAUCGGCAACUACAAGUCGUAUUUCUGCGCUGACUUCCGUGGUGCCAAACUCCGUAACACCGGAAUCUUUAUCAACAACCGGGCCAGCAGCGACCGCAAGAGCUUCCGUACUUAUGACGAUGGCCAAAACCCAAUUCUCCCAGCUGGUGCUUGGGUUCAGUUCCACCCUCCAGCAAACAACCCGAUUCUGGUUCGAGUUGGACUCUCGUUCAUCAGCACUGAUCAGGCCUGCCACAAUGCUGAGAAGGAAAUUCCCAACUUCAACUUUGAGUCUGUUAGAUCAGAUGCUGAGGAUGCAUGGCGCAAGAAGCUCAGCGUCAUUAAGGUCGACAACACGGGCGUAAGCGACUCGCUUCAGAGAACUUUCUGGAGUGGCAUCUAUCGCACGCUUCUUUCACCUCAAGACUAUACUGGAGAAAAUCCCCUCUGGAAGAGCAACGAACCCUACUUUGACUCAUUCUACUGCAUCUGGGAUAGCUUCCGAAGCACACAUCCGCUUCUUACUCUAGUUGAUCCUCAUGCUCAAGCUUUGAUGAUUCGCAGUCUCAUUGAUGUAUAUCGCCAUGAAGGCAAGCUACCAGAUUGUCGCAUGUCGCUGUGCAAGGGCUUUACCCAGGGUGGCAGCAAUGCCGAUAAUUUGUUGGCCGAUUCGUAUCUGAAGGGCUUGAAGGACGGUAUUGACUGGGAUACCGGCUACAAGGCAGUUGUAUCUGAUGCUGAAGAGGAGGGUGUGAUUUGGACAGUUGAAGGUCGUGGAGGCCUGCAAAGUUGGAAGACUCUUGGCUACAUCCCAACUGAUGACUGGGACCCCAAUGGCUAUGGUCUUUUCACUAGAUCCAUCUCAAGAACCAUUGAGUACUCGUACAACGAUUUUUGUAUUGCUGAGAUGGCCCGCGACCUUGGAAAGCACGGAGAUGCGGAGAAGUAUCUGAAGCGCUCCGGGAACUGGAAGAACAUGUUUGAUCCUGACUCGCGAUCUAAGCUGAACCUGACCGGAACUCAGGACUACAGCCAGUUUACCGACAGUGGAUUUACCGGUUUCUUGCAACCUCGGUACCUUAAUGGCACUUUUGGCUUCCAAGAGCCAGCCAUUUGCACCGACUUGUACAACUUUGAAGGCUGUUAUCUCAACCCUGGCGGCCAUGAGACCUACGAAGCAGGUUCUUGGCUCUACACCUUCUACGUGCCUCACGAUCAGGCAACUCUAAUCACGACACUGGGUGGCCCCGACCAAUUUGUCCGCCGUCUCGAGUAUAUGCACGAUACUCCUGGCUUAUUCUACAUUGGCGAUGAGCAAGCCUAUCUUCUCCUCUUCAUCUUCCAUUAUGCCGGCCGUCCAGGUCUCUCUGCCAAGUAUGCGCACAAGUAUAUCCCUAGUGCCUUCAACGAUACCACAAGUGGCCUUCCAGGAAACGAUGACUCUGGUGCUAUGGGUAGCUUCACGGCCCUUACCAUGUUGGGUCUCUACCCCAUGAGCGGACAAGAUGUCUACAUCAUCAUUCCACCCUUCUUCCCCGAGGUCAAGUUCACCGACCCGCGUUCAGGAAAGACAGCUACCAUUCGAAACAUCAACUUUGAUGCUUCUUAUAACAAUAUCUACAUCCAGAGCGCCAAGCUAAAUGGCAAGCCUUAUAACAAGGGCUGGGUGACGCAUAGCUUCUUCCUCGACGGCGGAGUUCUGGAAUUGACUCUUGGGCCGAAGGAGAACACAAAGUUUGGCACUGCUAAGGCGGAUUUCCCGCCGAGCGCAUCCACAGACUUCUGGAAAUAA